CAUUUCACAUAAACAUAUAUUUUGGAGCCGCUUCUUCGCCUUGGCCGGAGCGGGAAGGGAAGUGGGUUCUCGACUUUUCUCCUCCUUCCUCACUGUUAUGUUACCCCCACGAAGCGAAGAAACGUAAAGGAGGAAACUGAGAUUCUGCAGAUACAGGUUUUCAGGUGGUGAAUAAAUAUUGUAGCAGUACAAUGCUGGCUCAGAGUUGCAUUCGGCCGCCAAUUAUGUUAUUGCCUGAUGUGACAAACAAGCUGCAGCCAAGGCUAUCUUGCACCUUCACCAAGACAAGACCUCUUGGGUUCUCAAGUUCUGGCAUACUUUCUCAAAUUUCAUUACAUGAGUUAAUCCACUCAGACUCAUCUAAAAGGCGACGUCAUCAUAUGAGAAACCAUCUCAUUGUUAAAGCUUCUAGGGAUUACUAUUCUGUUCUUGGGGUAUCAAAAAAUGCUAACAAAACUGAAAUCAAGAGUGCUUAUCGCAAGCUUGCCAGGGUUUACCAUCCUGACGUGAACAAGGAAUCUGGAGCUGAAGAUAAAUUCAAGGAGAUUGGCAAUGCAUAUGAGGUUUUGUCCGAUGAUCAGAAGCGUUCCAUAUAUGACAACUAUGGAGAGGACGGGCUUAAAGGUUCAAACAUGGGCAUGGGGGACUUUGGAAACCCGUUUGAUUUAUUUUCCUCGAUCUUCGAUGGGAUGAACCUAAAUUACGACGGCCCUGGAAAUAUGGUGUAUGAUGGUGAAGAUCUUAUUUACAAUCUGGUCUUACCCUUCAAGGAAGCUGUUUUUGGGGUGGAGAAGGAGAUUGAAAUAUCUCGAUUAGAAAGCUGCAGCACCUGUGAUGGAUCAGGUGUCAAACCAGGGACCACCCCAUAUACUUGUAACAUGUGUGGUGGACAAGGACAAGUCGUUUCAUCAGCAAGGACACCACUCGGCAUUUUUCAGCAGGUAACAACCUGUUCUGCUUGUAACGGGACUGGGGAGAUCUCGACUGCUUGCAACACAUGUGGUGGCAGUAAUGGGCGUAUAAGCAAAUCAAAACGGAUUACCCUGAAGGUCCCCGCUGGGGUUGAUUCUAGUAGUCGGCUGAGGGUAAGAUCAGAAGGUAAUGCUGGAAUAAAAGGUGGGAAUCCAGGUGAUCUCUUUGUUGUAAUCGAGGUGCUUUCAGACCCUAUCCUGAAACGCGACGACGCAAACAUUCUUUACACCUGCAAGAUUUCUUAUGUUGAUGCAAUUCUGGGAACAACUAUCAAGGUUCCCACCGUCGAUGGAACGGUUGAACUGAAGAUCCCAGCCGGUACUCAACCAGGAGCCGUACUGGUGAUGGCAAAGAAGGGUGUUCCUUUGCUGAACAAAAAGAACAAGAGAGGGGAUCAGCUGGUAAAGGUGCAAGUGCAGAUCCCGAAACGGCUCAAGAUUGAAGAGAAGCAGCUUAUUCAAGAGCUUGCAGACCUUAACAAGUCCAAAGUUCUUAACAGUAGGAGAUAAUUAUAGUCUUUUGUGCUGAUUUGGAGGAAACUUCAGCAACAAUUUUGUUUUCUGCUUUGCAUGCAAUUUUACAACUGCAAAUCAAUACAAUGAUCAAGGAGCUGGAUCUGUUGUUCUCUGUACCAUCAAUGGCCGCUUGAUUGAAUUUUUGUAUUUCUGCGCGAGCAUUGUGACUCGUUUAUUUACAGGUUCUAGUAAUGUU